CAUGCUGAUACAAAGCCUAUCGCCCACCAACAUCAAACUCCCCUGACGAAGCGGCGUGUCGUGAUAAAUUAUGGGGGGCCAGCGAUGUCGUUCAUAGGGAGCAUGACGAUUAGUUUUUGGUGGAGCGGUCUCCUCCGGCUGACGAGGGUGCUCAAGGCGGUGAUGAUUUCCUACAGGACGCUCUUGCGCGGUACACUACUAUUCUGGAGCACAAAGUCACGCCAGCAGAUGGGAAAGACACUCGAGCACAGCGCAUGCCCGCUCCCCUAUCAGCGAGUGUGCGAUGCGUGGAUCCUUUACUGAGCGCCCAUUACGCACGCCCUCACCCACGCCCUGCUUCCAGAAUACCUCUGCUCAUUACUACCGCCUGCGACCGAUGGACCGGUAGGCCAUGUAAACCCUUUGGUUUUAUUUUGCCCAAUUCCAUCCACUGCACCGAGGCGCUAGAGGCUGCGGAAGGUGAGAAAGAGCGCAGUAAGACUGGCUGGGCGCUCACACAAACAGAUAACCUUCGAUGGCGGGCUGCGCUCGUCAUUGUUCCCUUCUUUUCGGCUGCAUCUCCUAAAAAUUCAGUACCUCUGCUAAUGGUCGUACCCUCCACACCUGGCCGGACAGAUCGUCAAUCAUUCUUCCUCGUUCUGGUGCCCAUUGCUCCAUUUCAAAAGGCAAGCACAAUAUCUGUAUUUAUUCCCAGACUUGCAUCUGACGACGCGCGAAUAGCCUUAUCUCAGGCUACUGUAGCGCCUUCUGCGCCCACAGCGGCAACAAAGAAGGCAGCCCAGAGCACAUCCAUGACUUUACGCAGUCACCGCUUGGCGCAGGUGCGGCAAGCGAAGGGGUAAAGCAAGCUCACGCAGUGAAUCUUGCUGGCCUCGUGUGCAGCAGUGUUCAACAGCUAGCAAGGCCUCACUCUUCGAUGCGCUGUGCUUCACCUUCAUAUGGGCGCAUUUGCACGCGAUCGACUGUAUGCAGCUCUCUGCCGGGUGCAUCCUCAUCAACAUUUUAAAUACAUAUCCUCGAGUACAACCGUGUCCGCCUUCCUUUCUGACCCUGCCUUACAUCUGUGGGUAUCUAGCAUUUGUUCCCAAUUGUCACUUUGAAUCCGGGCAUCUUGUUUGAGUCAUUCUGGUGAGCUUACUGAGGC